CCGUCCAUUCCGGAGCACUUCGCAGAGACGGACAGGACCAUCUACAUGUCUUCACUACUCUCAUUUGAUGCCACCUGCAUGAUCCGUGCCACCGGAGGACUUCUGAAGUUCCUGGAGAAGAAGAGGAUUGGAGUGGAGUUAGAGCGAUCUGAUGUUUCCAGUCCGGUCCUCAACAUCAAGACAUUUUCCUUGUCAGAUAUGGUAAGCAUUGAUGUCAAUACAUACAGCAGUCUUCAGAUCUUUCAGAAGGAGAGUCAUCCAUCCGUCUAUAAAUCUGGUGGCAGUGGCGCUAAGGAGGGACUAAGUCUAUUUGACUAUGGUUCUUGCGACCUUCUCGUAAUCUGGACCUUCUUCGAGAGCGCCAGGAAGCGGUUUCUUUCUUCUUGAAUCCAAAGAACGCUGAGGUCACCGGGUCACUUCAGAAUUGCCUCAAGAAUGUUAAGAAUGUUCCGAGAAUCUUCAAGCAGAUGCAGCAAGCACAAGCCUCCAUGACAGACUGGCAGUCCCUCUACAAGACAGCCUACAAUGCCAUCAAUAUUGCUGAGAUAUGUCGAGCACAGAGAGCUGAUGUACCCAUUUUCAAGAAGAUCACAGAAGCCUUCACUGAUGAUAUCCACCAAGUUGCUGCAGCCAUCAGUCAGCUGGUGGACUUUGAAGAAUCGUUUGCCCAGAACCGUUUCAUUGUGAAGCCACAUGUAGAUGAGGAACUCGAUCAAAGAAAGCGUACCUACAGCACUCUACCGAGCUUGAUGACAACUGUAGCCAGAGAAGAGCUUGAUAGACUUGGACCACACAUAGAAGAGUGUUCUAUCAUAUAUGUACCUCAGCUUGGGUAUUUGUUGGCCUUACCAUGCACCCAACACAUGACAGAAACCAAGGACUUCACAAUCGAGGGCUUACAAUUUAUGUUCAUGUCCAACAACACUGUUCAUUACAAGAGUGCUAGAACAAGAGCCCUUGAUGUGAAGCUAGGUGAUACCCAUUGUGACAUCACAGACCAUGAGACACAGAUCAUGCACCAGCUGCAGAAUGAUAUCCUUCUAAGAUCACAGGUCUUCUAUGCCAUCAUGGACUAUGCUGCUGAACUAGACUGUUUGAUAGCUAUUGCCAUAGCUGCCAAGGAAGGCAACUACAUCCGGCCUGAGCUCACCCACGGCAGUCAGUUGGACAUCAUAGGGGGACGUCACCCUCUACAGGAGCUGUGUGUCACCCCCUUUGUACCUAAUAAUGCACACUUUGGAGGGGACCAUACCAGGAUCAAGGUCAUUACUGGUCCCAAUGCAAGCGGGAAGAGCAUCUACCUUAAACAGGUUGGUUUGAUAGCAUUCAUGGCUCUGAUUGGUAGCUUCGUACCGGCCGAGAAGGCAAGCAUUGGCAUGCUAGAUGGCAUCUACACUCGAGUUCACACACAAGAAUCGGUAUCAGUGGGACUGUCAACGUUCAUGAUAGACCUCAAUCAGCUAUCUGCAGCCGUCCGUGAUGCAACUAAGAACUCUCUGGUUAUCGUCGAUGAGUUUGGAAAGAGCACAGAUACAGUGGACGGUCUCUCGCUGCUGGUGGCUUGUAUUAAACAUUGGGAAGGCAGAGGAUCUGACUGUCCAAACCUGAUGGUUUCUACUCACUUCCAUGCCAUCGUCAGAGAAGGGCUGCUACCAGCAUCGAAGCAACUCUCUUAUAAGACCAUGGAGGUGCUUGAAAAUGAUGGUGAAUUGGUUUUUCUGUACGAGCUGACCGAUGGACAUGCUAACUACAGCCAUGCUAGCCACAUAGCACUGACCGCUGGUCUACCAGAAGAACUGGUCAAGAGGGGUACAAAGGUCUCUAAACUUCUGAGAGAGAACCAACCAAUCCUGAGGGUAGACUCCUCAAGCUCCGAGACCCAGUUUGACAGGUACAAGGAGAUUCUAGCCAAGUUCCUGGAUCUAGACCUGGACUUUGAUGAUCUUACAGGAUUCCUGAGGGAACAGGUUCUCUCUAGUCCUUCCUCAGCAUCAAACAAAUCCUGAGUCAGUCUAAGGAUGUGUCAGUGAUGCUGAGAGAGUAUCAUGAUUUGUUUACUUUGCUUAUUUUGACGUUUGUGAUGUCUUGGAAACAUGAUUUACACUUGUAAAAGUCAUU